GGAAAAGUGACGAGAUAUUUUCGAGAAUGGGACAGUGGUAUAUAUAUGCAUGUAUGUAAACACUAGACAGAGUAUCUUGAGAGUGGCAGAUCAUAAACCCUAGCCGCUUCGCCGAAUACCCCAUUUCUCCCUUAAACCCUUCUUCUUUUAACAGCUCUUGAAAGAUGGCAUGCUACAACAAAUUUGGAACCCUGUUGAGGCAGAGCAUCUCUUCCAGCAAUGCAUUGAAUGGACAAUCCUCCAUGCUUAGUGCCAUUCGCUGCAUGUCGACAAAGCUAUUUGUUGGAGGGCUCUCCUAUGGAACUGAUGACCAGUCACUUAGAGAUGCAUUUUCCAGCUUUGGUGAUGUUGUUGAGGCAAGGGUUAUUACCGACAGAGAUUCAGGAAGGUCAAGAGGAUUCGGGUUUGUGAAUUUCUCUAGCGAUGAAUCUGCCAGCUCAGCUCUGUCAGCCAUGGAUGGACAGCAAUUGAACGGGAGGAACAUCCGGGUAAGUUAUGCCCAGGAGAGAGCACCUCGCAGCAGCUUCAACAAUGCUGGUGGGUAUGGUGGUGGUUAUGGUGGUGGGUUCGGCAAUAGUGGACAAAACGAAGGCUUUUAAGGCAGUCGCAGCUUGUUAUAUUGUCUGUAUAGGCAUGGCAAGUUUAAAUUUAGGACGUAAAGUUGGAUUAUUGUCUUUUCUUGCGCUUUCUUCUCGUUGAACCAAUAACAUUGUGUGGAUCUAUGGAAGGUUGCUUUGCUUGGCUAGUAUCAUAGCUUCUGCAAAGCAUGUUUUGCUGCUCUAGCAACUAUUCUUUAUGUGGCCUAAACAAACCAUUUCAAGUUUUGUUUCAUCUGUAGCAUCUUUCUUACAAAAACUUGUUGAGCAUGAACUCGGCUCUUGACUUGGUGCCUGAACGAGUGUGGGAAUAUAGAAAGGUUAUUGCUUCUGUAUACUCUUCCUGUAAGUUUGAUAACAUUGAUGCAAGCCUUGAACAUUUUCUUGUUCAACUGUGAUUGUUAAUUACAAAUUUACAGAA